CGUGACGCGACGCUGGCGGAAGCAAAGGUCUUAGCUCCGCUGUAAGAUCUUUGGGCGGAAGUGCUGGUGUGGAGCGCGCGGCGCGGGAGCCGUUGGGUUGGCAGCAAAGCGAGAGCUGGUUGUUGUUCCGAGCGAUGGCUUAUCAAUACCGGCCGCAGCAACAACAACAACAACAACAACAACAGCAACACAACGGCGCCAGCGACCAGAACUUCCUCUUGUCCAUCUUCCAGAGGGUCGAUAGGGAUCGAAGUGGAAUUAUAUCUGAAAGUGAGCUCCAGCAAGCUUUAUCAAAUGGAACAUGGACACCUUUCAAUCUGAAGACAGUUAGGUCAAUGAUAGGAAUGUUUGACCGAAGUAAUAGAGGAGGAGUGGAUUUCAAUGAAUUUAUGGGUCUUUGGAAGUACAUCAAUGACUGGCAAAAUAUUUUUCGAACAUACGACAGAGAUAAGUCCAAUUUCAUUGAUAAGAAUGAAUUGAAGCAUGCUUUAUCAAACUUUGGGUACCGUCUGUCAGAACAAUUCUACAUCGUUCUUCUUACUAAGUUUGAUCGACAAGGAAGAGGGCAGAUAGCCUUCGAUGAUUUUAUUCAGUGCUGCAUUGUCUUACAGAGACUGACGGAUGUAUUCAGACGAUUUGAUACCGACCAAGAUGGCUGGAUACAAGUUUCAUAUGAGCAGUAUCUCACAAUGAUAUUAAGUGUAGUAUAAAUUCUUGCUACUUUAUAAUCCUUCCCCUUUAUAAUGUCUGGUCAACUAUUAAAGCAAACUAACAGACAAAUUAUCAUAGACACAAUUUAAACCUGGUUUUAAAACAUGCAUAUCUAUAUAACACCAAAUUGCACUUUGUAAAAUGGAUAUAAAUUGAUUACUGUUUAUGAUUUUAAUGUCAUUAGCAUGCAUCUGUGCCAUACUGUCUUAUAUUACAAGAGAAUAAUGUUUUGUUAACAAGCCUCCUGUAAGCAUAAAAUAGCUUUAUUAAACAUUGUGCAUGGUGCCUUAUUUCUCAGGUACAGUGAUGCAAAAUUCGAUAAAUCUCUCGGAUUAAAACUGUAACAUUUGUGGUGCAAACCAACCUUGGCAGGUUUGUCUCGAUUAAUUUUAACUGCUUAAUAGUGAUUUUAUAAUCAUUGUUCUUGAACAUGUUGUUUUAUUAAAUGAAAAUCAAUUUAAUCAUGUAACAAAUGUAAGAAUAAACUAUACUUAGAACAAAUUCCAUUAAGUGCUGUGUAUGUUAUGUAUAAACAGGUAGAAUGUGCCAGAUAUUCAUAUUGUAACAAUGUAUGCCUAUUGUAAUUCAAAUUUGGAAAUAAAUCAAACUUUUCAGUA